AUGCAAACCAUUAACAGUGAAAUGGAUGAUUUGGAAGUAAAUGUGAAAGGAAAUAACCACAAUAAACGAUUGUUAAGGACACCUAAAUGUGCGAGAUGCAGAAAUCAUGGAGUUAUCUCAUGUUUAAAAGGUCACAAACGCUAUUGCCGCUGGAAGGAAUGCACAUGCCCGCACUGCCUCCUCGUUGUCGAACGGCAAAAAAUAAUGGCACAACAAGUAGCACUUCGACGUCAACAAUCAUCCGAGACAAUUGACGAUACACUCCAGACAAAAGUCCAUCAUCUAAUCGCACAAAAACGUAUCUACCAGAAACACUUGAAGAGUCUUCAGAAGACACGCGAUCUCAUUCAAGGAUUCCGUUACAACAACAUUCCCUCAGUGCUUGCCGAUCGCAUUCGUAUCCGCAAAACGUUUGCCGACCGAGAACUUACGCCGUACAUGGAUUUGCCAGCGAUGCCUAUCAAUCCGCUGAUGCUGCAGGACACCAACAAAAAUGAACAGCAUGCGAUAAUGAAUAAAUUUUUGUUCUUCAACAAUAAUAAUGCGAGUGAUUCCUCAUCAGAAACGGAAUUUAUUGGAUCUAAUCGAUUGAAAAUGUUGGCAGAUAAUUAUUUGCAUACGCAGCAGCAGCAACAGUUUAUUAAUAAUAAUAACAGGCAGGAGGUGAAAAUGAUAGGCGACGAGUGUGGGACGAUGAUUAGCAACGUGACGAACACAAAACCGAAAUUGUCAUUUUCGAUCGAAGCUAUAAUGGGAAUAAAAUAG